CCACUCAAACGCUAUCAUGAAAUGAUCUCAAAAUUUGGAAGCUUUGGAUAUGGAGCACACAAACUCACUUCUGCAGUUCUGCUCAACCACACUAAAAUUCCGUACUCUCAGUCAGAGGAGAGAGAAAGAAAGUCACUCGAAAGAGAAUGAGGACGAUGACGACGACGCUAUCUACAUCUCCUCAACCGCUUUUCGGAACCAAAAAUGUCGUAAUUGGCGCCAAAUCAUUUGAUCAUACUUUCAACCCUUUCAAUUUGCGCCGCCGGAUUCCUUGCUCAUUUCAAUGGAGAGCUCUAAGCAAGCAGUACAAUCCUGUGCAAGAAAAGGAAUUUCGACGUUUAGGACAAAAAGCACAUCAAGCGUCUAAUGAGCUUGGGUGCAGGCUCGGUGAUAUUGAUAAUCAACGUAAUAUUGCAGAAUUGUGCAAGGACCAAUAUGAUUAUGGUGCUUCAAAUCUAUCUACUUCAAAUCAGUGCAGAGAAGAUGAAAUUAUUGCUGCUAUGGACAUAUCAACCUUUGAUAAAUCAACACAGCAGUUGCUGAAGUUUGUCUUUCUCUUUGGGAUACUAACAGUCCAGGGUGCUGAAAAAGCAAGUGCUACUUCAAAUGUUAUGGACAACUUGCAGUUAGCAAACUUCUUCGGGGACCUUAGUGAUAUUAGCACAGGUUUUGCUUCAGCAUUCUUGCUGAUCUUUUUUUCUGAACUUGGGGACAAGACCUUCUUUAUUGCAGCAUUAUUAGCUGCCAGAAAUUCUGCUGCAGUUGUAUUCGCCGGCACUUUUGGUGCACUUGGGAUCAUGACUAUAAUAUCAGUGAUAUUGGGAAGGACUUUUCACUACAUUGAUGGUGUCCUUCCUUUCAGUUUUGCUGGGAGUGACUUGCCUAUUGAUGAUAUCGCUGCAGUCUGUCUCCUCGUGUAUUUUGGGGUCACAACACUGAUUGAUGCCAGUUCAAGUGACAGUCAAAAGGCAGAAGAUGAACAGAAAGAGGCUGAGUUGGCAGUUUCAGAGUUUUCUGGAAAUGGUGCUGGGAUCUUAGCUGCUGCUGGCACAAUUGCUAGUACAUUUGCAUUAGUUUUUGUUGCUGAAUGGGGUGACAAAUCAUUCUUCUCGACAAUAGCACUUGCGGCAGCUGCAUCGCCUCUUGGAGUCAUAGGUGGAGCUCUAGCUGGUCAUGGAGCAGCAACCUUGCUUGCUGUUGCUGGGGGAUCAUUGCUGGGUACCUUCCUAUCUGAAAAAGUCAUUUCGUACGUUGGAGGUGUUCUUUUUCUCGUUUUUGCCAGCAUAACAUUGAUCGAGAUAAUUCAAGGUUAGACACUUCCGUUUGUAAAUGAGGACAGACGAUAGUCCCGUGUUGCCAACUUGUAGAAAAGCAACACAGGUUGUUUCUAACAGAGACUUCAUCUCAUUGUUAUUCCCUUAUUCUUUAUUUCAAUGAUCUCAGUCAGUUGCACUCUAA